UCAACUAGCUUUGCUCUGUUUCUGUGCGGUGGAGUUAGCUGCUAGCUCUGAGGGAUCAGAUCCUCACUGCAUUAAAGGAGAGAAGUGGCCUAGAGUUGGAGCUCAGAGGGAGAUUUAGCAACAGGAAACCCUGUCAGGGUCAGAUGGGGACAGAUAAAGGUGCAGAGAGGUCAGAGGUCAUCAUGGUCAGACAGAGUCGCAGGAGGGACAGGUGUUUCCUUCCUGCAGCAGAGGGCGGCGUGGCGAAGGUUCGAUUCCCUCGGAGCCCGGGUCAGAAGGUUCUGCCUCCAGCUCAGCAGGCUUCAGCAUCCGGAAGCUGCGACAUGCGGCCCUGCAGUACCGCCACAGCGGGGGAAAAGAGAGCGAAGGAUGGGUGGACCCGAGCCGGAGGCCAGGGUUCUGCUGGAGGUUCAGGGGAGACUCAGAUAAAGAGAAGCAGACAGAACGGAAACCAGGUGGCUGCGGUUGUUCUCUGCGGACCCAAAGCCCCCGGGUCAUGUGACCCAGCUGGAGAUGUUUCUGGUUCUGAGCAGCAGGGGGCAGCAGAGGAAAGCCGAGCGGCUCAGCUGCAGAGCGUGGGCUCCCUGAAGGUCACCAUCCAGCAGAGCAGCGACAGCAGGGCGUUUGGCCACGCCCACCCACACCCGGCUCCUCUCCACUGCCAUGUCUGUAAGCUCACCUGUGGCUCCCAGCAGGACUUCCAGGACCACAUGACCGGGUCAGAACACCUGAGGAAGCUGCAGGACGUCACCCAAAGCAUCCGGCUGAAUGCACACCCCCUGCUGGACAGAGGGCGCCGACCUCAGACACAGCGCUGGUGUGACACCUGCCAGAGCCACUUCACUGGUGACAUCAUCGUCCACAGAAGGACCGCCCAGCACAAGGUGUGCAAACAGCGGGGGCGGCCCUUCUGUCCAGUCUGCCAGAGACACUUCAGGACCCCCAGGAAGUUUGUGGAGCACAUGAAGUCUGCAGAGCACAAGGAGCAGGUGCAGCUGGAGGAGGAGCAGGAGGAGGAGCUCAUCACUGUUGAUGCUGUGGGCUGCUUCCAGGAGGAGGAGGAGGUGGAGGUGGUAGAUGAUGAUGAUGAAGAUGAGGAGCGGUCUGAGACUGUUGAUUCCAAGGAGCAGGAGGAGGAGUUCGACCCCCAGCGGACCUACGGAAGCAGCUUCGUGGUUCCGGUUCAUGGAUUCGUUUGUCUGCUCUGCAAAAAGUUCUUCUACAGAGAGACGGCAGCUCGCCACACACACUGCAGGACGCACACACACUACCAGAACCUGCAGAGCCACAGGAGAGGAAGAGGAGAAGAGGAUGAAGGUGAGGACGGACCUGCCCCGACCUGAUUACCCAGAAUGCACCGGGGGUCUGCUGAAGAUGAGGAAGUUGGAGGAUCAGGCGCCGACGGAGAGCCAGGCUGCCACCUGGUGGCCGCUGCAGGAACAGCAGCUAACUGCCUCUGAUGGAGCGGGCCGAGGUUCUGGUCCACAGGCAGGGGGGGAACGCUGGGGGGGUCACUGUCACUGACAGAACCCAGACAGAACCACUGACAGAACCACGGACAGAACCACGACAGAACCACGGACAGAACCACGGACAGAACCCAGACAGAACCACUGACAGAA